CCACGUGUAAGAAUAUAAACAACUGAGGAAACUCGGGUCCAAUUAGAUUCUGUGAACAGUGUGGCAUGUUUACACAAAAUGGACCGUAAGGAUGUGGGUGUGGCUGUGUCGAUCGGUGUUGGUAUAGGGUUUGUCCUGGGGUGGUUUAUCAGGGGACGAACUUUCAAAAGAAUUCCGUACCCGGCUGCCGGUGUGAAGAAUACAGACGUUGAUCUCACAGAUAACGCUCUGAAAUUGUCAGACAAUGGAGAGUAUAAGCUGGUAUUGGUUGUGCGACAAGACCUUAAGAUGGGAAAAGGAAAAGCAGCAGCACAAUGUUGUCAUGCUGCCGUUCAUGCCUCAGAAUUUGUGGCCAGAAGUAAACCAGAACUAUUCAACAAAUGGAAAAUGACAGGUCAACCCAAGGUUGUGGUCAAGGCUGACUCGGAAAGAACGCUUAUAGAUUUAGCUAAGAAAGCAAGGUCUCUAGGACUAAAUGCCAGUCUAAUACAAGAUGCGGGUAGAACACAGAUUGCUCCAGGGUCCAAAACUGUGUUAGGUGUAGGACCAGGACCUGAGAACUUGGUAAAUGAGGUCACAGGGCAUUUAAAGCUUUGCUGAUUCCCACAGUCUGAAACACAAUGUCAUGUUUUUUGUUAUUGUUGAAAAUAAACUAAAGAUUGUAAAGUAA